CGUUAAAUUCAUAUUUUUAUUUUAGACUGCAGUCAGAAGAGAUGGUUUGAAGCACUUAAAUCCCUAAAAAUAAAAUAGCAUCACAUCAUGAUCAGGAAAAGCGUUUAUUUAUUGUUUCUUGUGCCCGCGCAAAUUGCAUUUGCACAGGAGGAAGAUGCGCGUAUCGUACAAUACAAUACUGAAGAACCAUUCCUUGAGGGACAUGCUCCACAUCAUCAUUUUACUAUGUACUAUAACUCCAAACUUGACCAGGAUAUUCAACCUUUUUGGAAGCACCUACGUGAAACUUAUGACAAAUAUAAACACGAUCAUAUGAGGAUAGUAAAGAUUGACUGUGCUACUCACGAAUCUAUAUGCAUUCGUGAGAAUAUUACUCAUUUCCCUACCUUCAAGUUAUUUAUAGAUGGAGAAAGAAAACGCAUUACGUUCCAUGGCAAAGAAGACAUACCUACAUUGAUUGCAUUUAUUGAGGAUCAACUGAUAAAAGCUGCAAGAAUGGGUGACAAGUAAAUAACCAUACCUGAUACAACAAAUGGAUUAAUGGAUUUAUCUAAAUACCGUACUACAUUCAUACAUUAAGUCAAUUCAAUUUACAGCAGAGAUAUUUAUAGCUACUUUACAUUACAUACGUACAUCCACUACGUAAAUAACAAAAAAUCUGAUUAAUUCAUUUCAAACUGAUAGUUCAUUAGCAGACAGUCUGUUUUUGACAAUUAGUGUAUUGUUCCUCAUGAUAAUGACUAAUAAUACCAUUAAAUAUACGUACCACCUGUAUCAAGUUGAUGACGAAUAUUGUAAAAUGCUAUAAUAAUACAUAUCUUACAAUAUAUAUUAUGUAUUGAAUAACUAAAUUUCUUUGGAAGAAAUAUUAGUUAUUGUAAUGAGCAAGUAAAAUUCCAGUAGAAAUAACAUAGAUAGGCCCACUGUUUCGAUUAGCUUAAAUUAGGUCAUAGCAAAAAGUAUUCCUCAGUUAAGUACAUGUACAUUUCUUAUAACCCUAAACCAAUAAGAAACAAAUAAUAAGUAUUUCCUGUGUAAAAUAUAAGGUUUACGCAAAAAUAUCACAGAUUGCGGAAUAUAAGAGCAAAAUAUAAAUGAAUCCGUUAAUUGAUUGAUUCUCUACAGAUCAUUUCGGUACUACUGACAGUAAUGCACGAGAAUAGUGGGAUGACCAUCUGACGCAAAGAAAAUCUUGCGCUAUUAUUUUCCCCUAUAACUUUGCAAAAGUAAUAGUAUUUCUGUAUUCCCUAUACGAUACAAACGAAAACCUAUAUUUUAUUUAGGCCAAUUUCUAUA